AUGCAAAUUUUUGUCAAAACAUUAACAGGUAAAACUAUUACAUUAGAAGUUGAAUCAUCAGAUACAAUUGAUAAUGUUAAAUCUAAAAUUCAAGAUAAAGAAGGUAUCCCACCAGAUCAACAAAGAUUGAUUUUUGCUGGUAAACAAUUAGAAGACGGUAGAACUUUAUCAGAUUACAAUAUCCAAAAAGAAUCAACCUUGCACUUAGUCUUAAGAUUAAGAGGUGGUAUGCAAAUUUUUGUCAAAACUUUAACUGGUAAAACUAUAACUUUAGAAGUUGAAUCAUCAGAUACAAUUGAUAAUGUUAAAUCCAAAAUUCAAGAUAAAGAAGGUAUCCCACCAGAUCAACAAAGAUUGAUUUUUGCUGGUAAACAAUUAGAAGACGGUAGAACUUUAUCAGAUUACAAUAUCCAAAAAGAAUCAACCUUGCACUUAGUCUUGAGAUUAAGAGGUGGUAUGCAAAUUUUUGUCAAAACUUUAACUGGUAAAACUAUAACUUUAGAAGUUGAAUCAUCAGAUACAAUUGAUAAUGUUAAAUCCAAAAUUCAAGAUAAAGAAGGUAUCCCACCAGAUCAACAAAGAUUGAUUUUUGCUGGUAAACAAUUAGAAGACGGUAGAACUUUAUCAGAUUACAAUAUCCAAAAAGAAUCAACCUUGCACUUAGUCUUAAGAUUAAGAGGUGGUAUGCAAAUUUUUGUCAAAACUUUAACUGGUAAAACUAUAACUUUAGAAGUUGAAUCAUCAGAUACAAUUGAUAAUGUUAAAUCCAAAAUUCAAGAUAAAGAAGGUAUCCCACCGGAUCAACAAAGAUUGAUAUUUGCUGGUAAACAAUUGGAAGACGGUAGAACUUUAUCAGAUUACAAUAUCCAAAAAGAAUCAACCUUGCACUUAGUCUUAAGAUUAAGAGGUGGUCAAUAA